GGGUCAGUUGUAGUUGAAGGCAGCUGCUGGAGUGAAAAUGGAGUUAGUACCUGCUGUGUGUUUGUUGUUGCUGUUUUGUUCUGCCUGUAGAUCUGAGGAUGGCCUAUUUUUGGAAGAUCCUGAAUUAGUGUGGGUGAGAAUGGAGACAAUGAUGAGUAAAGAAAUGACACCAGCCCCUGCACCUGAAACCAAAUUGUUGAGGAGUGCAUCAGGUAGUGGAUCACCUGAAGCCAAAAAUGUUCCUCAGUAUCUGGCUGUCCCAGCCUCUCAGACCCUGAAACAGGUUUUCAAGCCAGAACAGGGUGCCAGAAGCCUCCCUAACUUGGCUAACGAAAUGUUACUUGUGACUGCUGCCCCUACUCCGGCAAUUGGCGCAACAGCCGGGACAAAGUUGGUUGAAAUCCUGUGUCAUGUUGACAGAAUGUAUGUGAGAAUCAGGAGAGAGGUCUUUAAGACUCGUGACGCAUACAAAUACUUGAAACUAGGCACCUGUCCUGUUAACAAAGGUACCAAAGAACAUUACUACCUUGAGUACCUUCUGAGAACUGACUGUGGAUUUGAGAAAAAGAGUCAUCCAGAUUAUCUGUCCUUUAGCAAUGUGCUCCACUACAGGCCAACCGGUCCAGUUUUAAGGGAAAUGCCAUUUGAUAUUCCCCUGAACUGUAACUAUCCCAGGUUUUUCCACUCCUAUAAAGUUGGCUUCUAUCCUGAUCGCAUGGGUGCAGUUUUCAAACGACUCCAACCUAAAACUAGUUUCACCCUUACUCCUCAAGAUGCAUCAGGUAAUGAAAUCACUGGAACCAAAACCUUCACCUUGGGCGAGCCGAUGUACUUUGAGGCCACGCAACCUGACCGCACUGCACAGUUGGGAGGCCAGAGGAUAUACAUCGACAAGUGCUUUGUGACAGCCUCCCGAGACCCCAAUUCAAAUCCUCGAUAUACGGUCGUUGACAACCAAGGGUGCAUGAUUGAUGGCAAAGAGAACGAACAGUCAAGGUUCCUCGCUGGCGCCUCAGAGAUGGUCCAGAAAUUCAGUCUGGGUGCCUUGAUUUUCAAGAAUGGCGUUUCGCUUCCUCCUCACAGCAACUCUACAUGCACUGCGAGAUCUCUGUGGGGACACGUACUCCAACUCAGGGCUCAAAGGCUUGCAAUUAUGAUCCAGCGACCAAAACGUGGAAGGAGCUGUACUCUGAUGACUCCGUGUGCACCUGCUGUGACUCGACCUGCUCCUUGGCACAGCCUAAGGCUUCUAGGGGUAUGAUCUCAAGUCACUCUUGGGAGGUCGUCGCAAGCGGCAAGGAUGACUAUGCAGCGGUUGACCCUCGGAUGAAUUCCC